CGCCCCAAUAAUCCCAGCAGUCCAGUUCUGCUUCCGAUCUAAAUCCUCGUCCCCUCGCUCCCCGCCGCCACCAGAGCAGUUGAACACGAGCGCGAUGUGGGGGCUAGGUUUUAGGCGGCGGCUGCUGCUGCUGCUGCUGCUGGCGUUCGCGGCGGCGGUGAAGCUAGAGGCGCGCUUUGUUGUGGAGAAGAACAGCCUGAUGGUCACGUCGCCGACGGCUCUGCGGGGGCGGCACGAUAGCGCCAUAGGCAACUUCGGCAUCCCGCAGUACGGAGGGAGCAUGGCUGGUGCCGUCGUUUAUCCCAUGGGCAACUCAGACGCCUGCAAGGCCUUCGACGGCGGCAGGAAGGAGCACCUCUUCCGCACCAAGCCUGGAGCGCUCCCAAGCUUCCUUCUCAUAGACCGUGGAAAUUGCCUAUUUGCUAAGAAGGUCUGGAAUGCACAAGAUGCUGGUGCCUCAGCAGUACUUGUAGUUGAUGACAAAGAUGAGCCACUGAUAACAAUGGACUUACUUCAGGAAGAUGACGAGGCUGCAAAAUAUAUACAAAACAUAUCCAUUCCUUCUGCUUUAAUUGAUAAAAAAUUCGGAGAACAGUUGAAGAAGGCUGUUAAAGAUGGUGAAAUGGUAAAUGUGAAUCUUGAUUGGAGGGAGGCUGUCCCACAUCCUGAUAACCGAGUUGAGUAUGAGUUGUGGACAAAUAGCAAUGAUGAAUGUGGGCCUAAAUGUGAUAUGCUUAUGCAUUUUCUGAAGGAAUUUAAGGGAGCUGCACAGUUACUUGAAAAAGGUGGUUAUAGUCAGUUCACACCCCAUUAUAUUACUUGGUAUUGCCCUCAAGCAUUUGUUGUCAGCAAACAAUGCAAGUCCCAGUGUAUAAAUCAUGGAAGGUAUUGUGCACCUGAUCCAGAACAAGAUUUUAGUACUGGCUAUGAUGGAAAAGAUGUUGUUGUAGAGAACUUGAGACAGCUUUGUGUGUUUAAUGUUGCAAAUGUGAUAAAAAAACCAUGGAUCUGGUGGGAUUAUGUGACUGAUUUUCACAUAAGGUGCCCAAUGAAGGACAAGAAGUAUAACAAAAAGUGCGCAGAAACAGUCAUUAAAUCACUAGGUUUGGAAGUGAAGAAGAUUGAUAAGUGCAUGGGAGAUCCAAAUGAUGAUUCUGACCACCCGUUGCUUAAAAUGGAGCAGGACUCUCAGAUUGGGAAAGGGUCAAGAGGAGAUGUUACCAUAUUGCCUACUCUUGUUGUAAACAAUCGACAAUAUCGAGUCUUGAAAAGAACAGGACAGUUAGGAAGGAAAGCUGUCCUCAAAGCUAUUUGUGCUGGCUUUGAGGAAACUACUGAGCCAAAUGUUUGUCUGAGUGAUGACAUGGAAACAAACGAGUGUCUGAGCGAUAAUGGAGGUUGUUGGCAAGACAAAGCUGCUAAUGUAACAGCUUGUAGGGACACUUUUCGCGGCAGAGUGUGUGAAUGCCCCACAUUCAAUGGCGUGCAAUUUAAAGGAGAUGGCUACAACAACUGUGAACCCGCUGGUCCAGGAAAAUGCUUGAUAAACCACGGUGGGUGUUGGCAUGAAACUCGCAACAGAAAAACAUUCUCUGCUUGUCAGGAAUCAGGAGAACGAAAUUGCAAGUGUCCAGCUGGUUUCCGAGGGGACGGUGUUAAAAAAUGUCAUGACAUUGACGAGUGCAAGGAGAGAAAAGCUUGCCAGUGUCCUGAAUGCAGCUGCAGAGAUACAUGGGGUGGCUAUGAUUGUACUUGUAGUGGCGACCUUUUGUACAUCAAGGAGCACGACACUUGCAUAAGUAAGACAGCAGUUAAGGCUAAAGAAGCAUGGGCUGCCGUGUGUGGGAUCUUGGUCGCCUUGGUUAUUGUGGCGGCAGGAGGCUAUGUGGUGUACAAAUACAGAUUAAGGGAUCAUGUUAUUGCUCUUCUGUAUGUACCUUCCGAGUUACAGCUAGCGGACUUCUUCACGAAGGCACGGACUAGAGGGCAACAUAGAUUUCACCUUCCCAAACUCGAUGUUAUGGACUGACCAUGAGUUUGAGGGGGGAGGGGGGUGUUAGAGUUAUAUUGAUGAUGGCUUUUGGCCUUUUGUAUUCUUGCCUUUUGGCAUCCUCAUGUACAUCAUAUAUAUGGUGGCUUUGGCCUCCUAGUAAUACAAGUUGCAUAUUCGUAA